AGUUGUAGGAGGAAUGUAGGAUGAUUCACAUAUUCACUAAUACCAAAAUGUGACUAUAUUAUCUUGGAAGGAUUUUAGAUGAGAUAUAUAAAAUACCAUACAAAAUAGGUAGUGGUAAGGGUUGGAACAACAAAAAGGAACCAUAUGAUAUUAAUAACUAUGAAGGAAGGCUUGAAGGAAUCAUUUUUUUCUGUCAAUAUAUAUCAUGAAAAUUGAACUUCAGAAGACAAAAAAAGAGUGACAGAUAAAUUUGGCACACAUAUUUAGGGAGUGGUUAAAAAACAACCAUAGCAUUUAGGCCUCUCCAAUAUCCUCCAUCACAAUGGAAGCAUCAGGGAUGGGGCUGUGUGAUGUCUUGGCCACCACAGAGCUCCCAUUGGCUGGAAUAGUUGCUGGGGAACCAAACAAAUCUUAUGGGUGUGGUUACUCACUGGCUAGUAUAAAAAGGAUGAGCAGGAGCCCUUCCAAUAUAGAUGCUGAGAGAUUUAGCUUUAGCUCAUCAACUCCCCAUAUCCAACAAAGGUAACAUAGCUAUACAACUCACCAUAAAAUGGGAGACCCAACAGUGAACAUCAAAGUGAAGGAGAUGGAGUCUUCUGGCCAACCCCAAAACAGAGAAAGUGAAAAGAUACAGAAAAUACUUACAAGAGUAAAAGUUGUGCUUGAAAAGAGUUUGAACAAAACAAAAAAGUCAACAAUUAUCGUGUUUUACUAUCAGUCCGAUAAGAAAAGAAAUCUGAGUCAGCUGGAGAAAAAUGAAGGGAUUUCUUUUGAGAAUUCUACAGAUCCUCAAAACACUCCUGAGAGGAAAUGCCCAGACUGCUGAAUGUGUCUGUAGUAUCUCCAGGAAACUAUGGAGACAUGGUCAGAUGUUCAAAAUUAAAUCUGAUAAAUAAAGUGAGAAUAAGUCUUAAAUGAA